AUGACGAUGGAGGAACCACGGCCUCGCAAGAAGCGCGGCAGGCCAAGUACUUCACCAGAUGGAGAUGGCGACGACAGGAAGCGAGGCCGUCCGAGGGUGGACAAGCAGGACGAGUCUGCUGCUGAUCGGAGACGUACGCAAAUACGCAUGGCCCAGCGAGCAUAUCGUCAGCGGAAAGAAAGCACACUCGAAGAGCUCCGCAAGCGCGUAUCAGAGCUAACGAAGACUAUCGAAGUGAUGAACAACACCUUCAACGUUUGCUCUGAUCGUCUCUACGCAUCUAGCUUGACUCAGGAUCAGAUGCUCGAUCUGAAUGAAGUGGCUACGAAGUUUGAGCAGCUGGUAGGCGAAGCUCGCAACCCUGGUGAUCAUGGUCCGUCAACCCCUUCUCCAAGGCACGAAGCUUUCAGAUGUUGCGUCGGGUAG